AUGUCUGCGGCGGAUCUGAUGGUUCUCAUCACCGCCGUCAUUCUCCACCGAUUCGUCGGCAUUUACUUCCCCGGGAGUUACCUGUCGCUCACUUUUGUCUGCCGCAUCAAGAACCCCGUCGCUUAUGCGUCCAGAGACUCAUCCGUCUGGCUCACCGUCGCAUUCACCUUCGAUCGCUUCGUGGCCAUUUGCUGUCCCAACUUCAAACGCAAGUACUGCACCAGAAAAACGGCAGCGCCCGUCGUCGCUGGUAUUAUAGCUAUGAGUUGUUUGAAGAAUGUCGGCUGGUAUUUCGUUUUCGACCCACUGUACUACGAGGACAACCUCCCUUGGUAUUGCCGAAUAAUUCCAAGUUAUUAUACCUCGCCGUGGUGGAACGCGUUCUCAUAUUUGGAUCGCAUCACCACGCCCCUGCUGCCGUUCGCGGUUGUAUUGUUACUGAAUUUCCUGACCGUCAACCGCAUCGUCGCCGCCAGCAGAGUCCGGAAGUCAUUGAGAAAUGACGCUCUCUCCGGGAAAGGCCAUGACCCCGAGAUGGAGAGCCGCAGGAAAUCGAUCAUUUUACUAUUCAGCAUUUCCGGCAACUUCAUCCUGCUUUGGAUGACGUACAUGGUGCAUUAUUUGUACAUUCGGAUCACGAGAACUUUUACUUACUCCGGGUACAACGACCCGGUGUUUAUUAUCCAAGAAGCGGGUUAUAUGCUCCUGCUUCUCUGUUGCUGCACCAAUACAUUUAUUUACACAUUAACCCAGAGGAAAUUCAGAGAUGAGCUGAAGACGAUAGUAACGUACCCGAUCCGUCAGGUUGUUAAGUGUGUUUAG